GGGGCAGCAUGGAGGAGCUGAGCAGCGUGGGAGAGCAGGUCUUCGCCGCCGAGUGCAUCCUGAGCAAGCGGCUCCGCAAGGGCAAGCUGGAGUACCUGGUCAAGUGGCGUGGCUGGUCCUCCAAACACAACAGCUGGGAGCCAGAGGAAAAUAUCCUGGACCCGAGGCUGCUCUUGGCCUUCCAGAAGAAGGAACACGAGAAGGAGGUGCAGAACCGGAAGAGAGGCAAGCGGCCCAGGGGCAGGCCGAGGAAGCACACGGUGAUGUCCCCCUGCAGCCGGCACUCCAAGCUUAAGGAACCCGACGCCCCCUCCAAAUCCAAAUCCAGCAGUUCCUCCUCUUCCUCCACGUCCUCCUCAUCUUCCUCAGAUGAAGAGGAUGACAGCGACUUAGACGCCAAGAGGGGCCCCCGGGGCCGUGAGACUCACCCAGUGCCUCAAAAGAAGGCCCAGAUCCUGGUAGCCAAGCCCGAACUGAAGGAUCCCAUCCGGAAGAAGCGGGGCCGCAAGCCCCUGCCCCCAGAGCAGAAGGCGGCCCGGAGGCCCGUGAGCCUGGCCAAGGUGCUGAAGACGGCCCGGAAGGACCUAGGGGCACCGGCCGGCAAGCUGCCCCCCCCGCUCAGUGCCCCCGUGGCCGGCCUGGCAGCCCUGAAGGCCCAUGCCAAGGAGGCUUGCAGUGGCCCCAGCACCAUGGCCACCCCGGAGAACUUGGCCAGCCUGAUGAAGGGCAUGGCCGGCAGCCCCAACCGGGGUGGUAUCAGCUGGCAGAGCUCCAUCGUGCACUACAUGAACCGGAUGAGCCAGAGCCAGGCCCAGGCCGCUGGCAGACUGGCUCUCAGGGCCCCAACUGCCAACAAGUGCAGCCUAGGGCUGGACCUGAAGGUGAGGACGCAGAAGGGGGAGCUGGGGAUAAGCCCCCCGGGAAGCAAAGUCCCAAAGGCCCCCAGUGGUGCUCUGGAGCAGAAAGUGGGGGGCACAGGAGGGCCUCCACACGUCCACAGUGGCAACAAGGUCCCUGCCGGGUGCCUGGGCCCCCAGCCUGCACCCACCCAGGAGCUGAGCCUCCAGGUCUUGGACUUACAGAGUGUCAAGAACGGCACACCAGGGCUGGGCAUGGUCGCCCGCCAUGCCACAACCACCAAGGGUAACCCUGCCACCCACCCAGCCACUGGGAAGGGUGCCGGGGGUGGCCUCACUGCGGUGAGUGGGGCUGGUCUGCCCACCGACGCCAGCAAGAGUGAGAAGCUGGCCUCCAGGGCAGCAGCCCUGCCCACCCCUGCCGGUAAGAGGGACUUCGUCAAGGGCAGCAUGGCCCCAGGGCAGGAGGGCCACCCGACUCCGGCAGAGGUGCGGAAGACAGCUACACUGUCUGAGAUGAGCACUGGCGAAGAGAACAGCAGCUCCGACUCGGACCCUGACUCUGCCUCCCUGCCCAGUGCCGGACAGAACCUGUCAGUGUCCGUCCAAACCAGCCAGGACUGGAAGCCCACCCGCAGCCUCAUUGAGCACGUCUUCGUCACCGACGUCACCGCCAACCUCAUCACAGUCACGGUGAAGGAGUCUCCCACCAGCGUGGGCUUCUUCAACCUGAGACAUUACUGACACCCCCUGGCUGCCCGGGUCUCACCUUCCCCUCUCUGGCCUCUGGCUUUGCUUUGAUACAUGGCCCGCAUCCCAAACCCUGUCCAGGGGCCGGUGGCCUCCUUCAAGGGCAGGCUUGGAUGGGAACUCCCCUGGACCCAGCCCUGCCUGCCACUUGGCAGGGGAGGCUCCGUGAUGCCUUGCCACCCGGCCUCGCCCUUGUUCCUACCUCUGGGCCUUCGCUUUGCUCUCCAUUUGCCUCAGGAAGUCUAGGUGGCCGCCUGUGGCUCAGCGAAAUGUUUCUCAAGAGCAUCCUGUGUUUCUUGAGCCCGACCAUGUUCGCUGUUUGAACUGCCUCCGUGGCCUGUGAUGACAACGGUGGUCACCUUGCCUCCCAAUUUCCCAGAGCACAGGUGUUAGAGGAGGGGGCUUCUGGCCCAGCUUGGCUGUUUCUGCCCAGCGGCUGGAAGAGAAGGUGUACUUAGGGCUGGGGGGAGGUAAGGCCUGGGGAGCUGCUCCAGGGAGGACUCUGCUCAGUGUGUGGAAGGGUAGGGGGAGCAGGAAAGGGGCCUUUCUGGUCGGAAUUCCCCCCUCAGCAAUGCCUGAGCUGGCAAGGGUGAGGGGACUGUCCACCUCCCUGUCCCUGACCCCACCCGGGACAGAUGAGGGCUGUUUCCUUAAUGUAAGAGGACAGGUGUGGCAGUUGGGAUCAGGAACCCUGAAGAGGUUGGUGUUGGUGCCAUCUAACCCUGAUUCAGAUUAACAACAGCAGCCCCCAGAUGCUGACUCGAGCCCAGCAUGGGCAGGGAGGGGGCUGAUCCCAGAGCUCUUCCACCUAAACCUCCAAGUGUCAGGGGCCGCUGCUGCCUUCCUUUCUGCCAGCCUGUUCAAGGACUGUCUUAGUCCUAAUCAUGGCCCCACAAACUGCCCCAGAUCCACUGGGAGGUGGGCAGUUGCUGGCAGUAGGUCCCCCUUCCCGACAUCCGCUGGCUUCCAGCUGCUGUGCAGGUGCUUCCCACAGUUCCCACCUACCUUCCCCUGACAAUCCCUCCCCACUUCUGGGGGUUCCAUGUUCUCUUACCCAGCUGAGAAGCUGUAUCCCUGUACCAUUUUGGAAAUGGGACAAAAUCUGAGUGACCCACCUGGCCUUCGGAAAGGCCAGAGCUGCCAGCCCGACUGCCUCCCCCCAGAUGGCUGAGUCCGUCAGCUGUCUUGGCAAUUCCAACCAACAACAGAAUUGCCAUUACUGAUUUGGGGCAGAGAGGUACAUCAGUGAGUGGGGUCACUGGUCUUUAUGCCAAAAAAAAAAAAGUGGGAAUGCAGGGAACUUAAUUUCUGCUUCAAUUAUCGGUUAACAUCAGCGAGCAGGUGUGGGAUCUUCUGUUGUCCCCAUAGCCCUGAGUGCAGUGGACACAGUGGGCUCUGGUUUCUGAGGGUGGGCCUGCCAGAACUCCAGUCCCCUCAGUCCCUCACCCUCCGCGCCAAAUAGGAAGAGAUGGCUUUUGUGUAGCCAAAUCGAUUUCAACAGUGUGCCUUUGGGGACAGAUCACAUCCAGGACCUCGUUGAGGGGCAUCCAGAUGCAGCUUCCAACUCCUCUACGUGAUAGCCACGCUGGCUGCAGCAGGAGUGGUGCCCACCCUGGCAAACCUGAGGACUGGGGAUCCUGGACAGCCAGGCUGAAACUGGAAAGUGGACAGUAAAGGGGGAGAAUGCCCCCUCCACUGCCCCCGCAGGAGAUGGCGAGAUGCCAGUGCACUGCACAGUCUGGAAGGAAGGGGUGCCAGCACCCUGGGCCCCUGGCACCAGCCUCCCCUCCUGUCCCCAGAUGUCCCUGGGUGAGACUAAAGGGGCUCUCCUGGGCUGCCUCCCCCUCAAAGGAGCUCAUAACCUCCAAGUUUUGCUGCCUUAGAGGCUGCAGAGCCAGGCCAGUAGCAGCUCUCCCCUGCAAGCCCUCAGGGUGACCCUGAUCUGGGCUGAUGUGACAGCCCCAGCAGCCAGGUCUCCAAACCCUGAUUAGGUGCCUUUCUGUUUACCAGCUACUUCAAUCCCAAAGUUUGAAUCUGCAAACACCUUACUCCCAGCCACUUUGCCUUCUUGCUGUGUUGUGUGUCUUUCUUGGUGUUUGCGACUCCAAGAGGUUCAUGUUUGU